AUAAAUAGUUAAUUAAAAAUGACAAACGUCAUUUUAUAUAUAAUUUUAGAUUUAUUAUAUAUAUAAUUUUAUUAUUUUAUAAUUAUAUCAAUAAUGGAAACACACGAUGAUAAAUUUUCUUGUCCUCACAUAUGUCCGAAGACGGACCAACCUCAAGAUUCUACCAACAACGAGAUGGAGAUGUCAACAAGGAGAGAAAAUAUACACGCGGCCCCUUACGUGCCGGGUAUGAUAAACCCACCUGAACCCAAAGUUUAUCCGCCGGGAGCUCCACCUAGGUAUCUUCCACAGCCCACCGACAGUACUAGUGGGGAUAUUCUUGGCAUGGGUCCCAUUGGACCAUGGGCUGCAGGUCAUUUAGACUGGACUCCUCAAGCGGGUUGCACUGGAGUCAGACCUGUGGUCGAUAAAUAUUCUAUAACAAGAUACUCCACAGGAGAAUGGAGGAAAAAUAACCUUUACACCCUGACCCCUCGCGCAACCGACAAAGCUAAAGCAUUAGAAGCCCAAACAAAAGAAGAUAUAGACAACGCCUUCCAAAACCUGAACACGAAGUUGGACGAUUCUAAUAAGAAAUUGGAUAAGAGAAUCAAAGAAUUAUCUAAGUGGAAGAAAGAGGUCGAAAAAACUCUCGACGCUAUGACAGAAGAGAUAAACACUCUUGAUAAAGAUAGAGCAAAGCUAAAAGGAGCCUGUAGGAUAUUAAUGAUGCCGGAAGCCAUAUCCAGGGAAUGUUUGGAACUAAGAACGAAUAGGUACGAACCUGAUUUAGUCAGAGAUGAUGCAGAGCAGGAACUGAUUAAAGAGGUCGCGAUCGUCGGAGAAAUAAGGAGAGUAUUCAUGAAUACUCUCGCUAAAGUCGAGGAGCAGAUGGCAAAAAAUAAAGCUGCCAAAAGCAGCAUAGAGUUCGAUUGGAGUGAUAAAAUGGUGAGCCUGAAAGUUGACAGGAAUAUCGCAACCCUCAGUCCUCAAUCAAAUCUCAUACUCUACCAUCCUGGUGUUGCCAGGUGGCCGGAGAAUGCCACUACUCUGGAAUAUUGGGAGCAUUACUGUGCAGAGAGCAUCAGAAAUUGCGAAGAUGUUAGGAAGCAAUCUGUUCAAUUACGUGGGGACUUGAUGACGACGAUACUAAGAGGAAGCCAGGACAUGAAACUACAGGCUGACAGGACGAACGCAGCAUUGGCCGAAACGGUUGAAGCUACGGAGGCUCUGUGCGAUAAACUAGAAGAAAACUUAAAAGAUAACUUACAGAAAAUUGCAGAUAUAGAAAAUCUCAUAGAUUACUUGAAAGAAUCAUUACGGAAAGUCGAAGAACAAAACAAAUGUGUUAUGACAAGAUUGUUCGCCAGGAACUAUGAUCGGACUAGCGUUGAGAACUGCAGGGAUGAGGCUCAAUACGCGCUGAUAGCGGAGGCGAAGUUCAUAAAGGAGACCGCCGAAUCAUUAAACGACAAGAUGAGACAAGCGGCGGCGGUGCUGUCAGAGCUGAAGAAGUACAGAGGGGACUUGGAGAAAGAUAUCGCCUGUAAGAGAAAGAGCCUGAACAUUGACAAGGACAGGUGUGCUCGAGUGAGAGCACACAUGCCGACACCUGAAGAAUUCGCUGCCGCUUAAGAGGACUUUUAAUGGAGCUCGGAUUGUCUGAAUGUUUUUGGCGUUAAAACAAUUGUCUAAUAUUGAAGCAUCUGUCCUUUUUUACUGAUCAUCUCGGUUACCAUACCUUUAUAAUAAAUAUCACGAAUAUUUUAGAAAAAACAAUUCAUUAAUUCAUUAAAAUUCUUACGGCGGGCAGAAAAAAUAUUUAAUAAGGCAGGAAAAUUGCAACUUUACCGAUUCUCUUAGUGGUAAAUUAUGUGUCGGUAUUUUACCUAAAAUGUAUUCAAUAUAUGACCACGACUCACUCCAAUCUGUUCAAAAUUUGUUUGAAAUUUCAAAGCAAGCGAGAGCACGACCUCGUGCAUAUUUGUAACGAACAAUACAGAUAACAUUUCCAACGAUAUUUAAAAAAAACCUGAGUAUUAAAAACCGUCACGUACGUAUAACAGGAGCAAGCUAACUGUGAAAUAAAGUCAAUACCAUCGACAG